GAUUAACGUGACGGCGUCAGGUGGAUCGACAGCCCCCCCCCACCCCAUUUGUCAGGGGCCUGAGAGUGGGGAGACAUGGAGGAGCGUAAGAACGAGGCGACGAAUCGGGCUCACAUCCUCUUUGACCGGUUUGUGCAGGCCACCACUUGCAAGGGGACACUCAGGGCCUUCCAAGAGCUCUGCGACCACCUGGAACUGAAGCCUAAGGACCACCGCUCCUUUUACCACAAGCUCAAGUCUAAGCUCAACUACUGGAGAGCCAAGGCCCUCUGGGCAAAGCUGGACAAGCGGGGCAGCCACAAAGACUACAAGAAGGGAAAGGCGUGCACCAACACUAAGUGUCUCAUCAUUGGAGCUGGCCCCUGCGGUCUCCGCACAGCCAUCGAUUUAUCCUUAUUGGGAGCUAAGGUGGUCGUGAUUGAGAAACGAGAUGCCUUCUCCCGCAACAAUGUCUUGCAUCUCUGGCCAUUCACCAUACACGACCUGCGAGGCCUGGGUGCCAAGAAGUUCUAUGGCAAGUUCUGUGCUGGAGCCAUUGACCACAUCAGUAUCCGUCAGCUUCAACUAAUACUUUUGAAAGUAGCAUUGAUCCUAGGCAUUGAAAUCCAUGUCAAUGUGGAAUUCCAAGGACUUGUGGAGCCUCCUGAGGACCAAGAAAAUGAACGGAUAGGUUGGCGGGCCCUGGUGCACCCCAAAACCCAUCCUGUAUCAGAAUAUGAGUUUGAAGUGAUCAUUGGAGGCGAUGGCCGCAGGAACACCUUGGAAGGAUUUCGUCGGAAAGAAUUUCGUGGCAAACUGGCCAUUGCCAUUACAGCAAAUUUUAUUAACCGAAAUACAACAGCAGAAGCCAAAGUGGAAGAGAUCAGUGGUGUGGCUUUUAUAUUCAACCAAAAAUUUUUCCAGGAACUGAGGGAAGCCACAGGGAUCGAUUUGGAGAACAUCGUCUACUACAAAGAUGACACACACUAUUUUGUUAUGACAGCCAAAAAGCAGAGUUUACUGGACAAAGGGGUGAUACUGCACGACCAUGCCGACACGGAGCUCCUGCUGUCCCGGGAGAACGUGGACCAGGAGGCCCUGCUGAGCUAUGCCCGGGAGGCGGCCGACUUCUCCACCCAGCAGCAACUGCCCUCCCUGGACUUCGCCAUCAACCACUACGGGCAGCCCGACGUGGCCAUGUUCGACUUCACGUGCAUGUACGCCUCCGAGAACGCGGCCCUGGUGCGGGAGCACAGUGGCCACCAGCUGUUGGUGGCCCUGGUGGGGGACAGCCUUCUGGAGCCUUUUUGGCCAAUGGGAACAGGAAUAGCCCGGGGCUUUCUAGCUGCUAUGGACUCGGCCUGGAUGGUGCGCAGUUGGUCUCUGGGAAGGAGCCCCUUGGAAGUCCUGGCAGAGAGGGAAAGCAUUUAUAGGUUGCUGCCUCAGACCACCCCCGAGAAUGUGAGCAAGAACUUCAGCCAGUACAGCAUAGACCCCGUCACCAGAUACCCCAACAUGAACGUCAACUUCCUCCGGCCAAGCCAGGUGCGCCAUCUGUAUGAUACUGGAGAAACAAAAGAUAUUCAUCUGGAGAUGGAGAACCUCGUGAAUUCCCGAACUACCCCAAAAUUGGCCCGCAAUGAAUCAGACAUCCGGCCCAGCAAGCUCUUAACCUGGUGCCAGCAGCAGACCAAGGGCUACCAGCAUGUCAACGUCACAGACCUGACCACGUCCUGGCAGAGUGGCCUGGCCCUGUGUGCCAUCAUCCACAGAUACCGCCCUGAUCUGAUAGAUUUUGAUUCUUUGGAUGAGCAAAAUGUGGAGAAGAAUAACCAGCUGGCCUUUGAUAUUGCUGAGAAGGAGCUGGGCAUUUCUCCCAUCAUGACAGGCAGAGAGAUGGCCUCGGUGGGGGAGCCGGACAAGCUGUCCAUGGUGAUGUACCUGACCCAGUUCUACGAGAUGUUCAGGGACUCACUCCCCUCCCGAGACGCCUUGGACCUGAAUGCUGAGGAGAGGGCCGUCCUGGUAGCCAGCACUAAAUCCCCCAUCUCCUUCCUGAGCAAGCUGGGGCAGACCAUUUCUCGGAAGCGCUCUCCCAAGGACAAAAAGGAAAAGGUCUUGGACGGUGCUGGGAAGAGGAGAAAGACCAGCCAGUCGGAAGAGGAGGACGCGCCCCGGGGCUACAGAGGAGGAAGGCCUACGCUGGUGAGCACACUGAGCGACCGGAGGGUGGAUGUGGCCCUUGGCAACCAGAACAAGGUGAAGUACAUGGCGACGCAGCUGCUGGCCAAGUUUGAGGAGAACGCGCCCGCGCAGUCCACGGGCGUGAGGAGACAGGGCUCCAUGAAGAAGGAGUUCCCACAGAACCUGGGGGGCAGCGACACCUGCUACUUCUGCCGGAGGCGGGUCUACGUGAUGGAGCGGCUAAGCGCCGAGGGCAAGUUCUUCCACCGGAGCUGCUUCAAGUGCGAGCACUGCGCCACCACCCUGCGCCUCUCGGCCUACGCGUACGCCCUCGAGGACGGUAAAUUCUACUGCAAACCACACUACUGUUACCGGCUGUCUGGGCCUGUACAGAGGAAGAGACCAGCAGUGGCCCCUCUGUCUGGAAAGGAGGCCAGGGGACCCCUGCAGGACAGCCCUGCUGCAGACACCAACGGACAGCCCAGCACCAGUGCCAGCCCUGCCGAGAGAACUCCAGGCCCGAGCGUGAACGGCCUGGAGGAGCCCAGCAUCGCCAAGAGGCUGCGGGGCACCCCGGAGAGGAUUGAGCUGGAGAACUACCGCCUGUCGGUGCAGCAGGCAGAGGGGCUGGAGGAGGUGCCCGAGGAGACGCAGGCCGAGCACAACCUGAGCAGUGUGCUGGACACGGGGACGGAGGAGGACGUGGCCAGCAGCAGUUCUGAGUCCGAGAUGGAGGAGGAGGAACCCCCGCUGCCCCCCUCGGACCUGGGCGGCGUUCCCUGGAAGGAGGCCGUGAGGAUCCAUGCUCUUCUGAAAGGAAGGCGUGAAGAGGAGCUCGAGGCCUGCAGGAGCUUCGCGGCUGGGGAGGAGGACGCGGGGGACGCGGGGGACGAGGAGGACGCGGAGGACGAGGAGGACGCGGAGGACGCGGAGGACACGGGGGACGCGGAGGACGAGGAGGACGCGGAGGACACGGGGGACGCGGAGGACGCAUCUAGUGAAGCUGGGAGCCCAAGGCUGCAGCAGCUCGUAAAUCCAGCCGAUCCCUUGGAGAUCCAGGCUGACGUGCACUGGACGCACAUCCGUGAGAGCCAGGAGGAGCGAGUGUCACCAACCUCUGAGUCCCCUCCUUCCAGAGUCCCGUUUGAUGAGGACGACCUGGAGGAAGAUGUGGACUCAGAGCCAGCAGAGAUAGAAGGCGAGGCAGCGGAGAAUGGGGACACGGGGGACACUGGCGCAGAGCUGGGCGAUGGUCAGCACUGGUCGGACGACGUGCCGUCACAGACCGACACGGAGCUGCGGCAGGUGGCAGCGGGAGUGGGACUGGAGCUGCGGGUGUCUGAAGGCGAGGAGGAGCCACCGCUGGCCUUGGCAAGGCGCCCAGAGAGAGGUCGCUCCCAAGUCUCCAGCCCCAGCUGGUCCCCUGAGGAGCACUCGGUCCUGUCCUCCCCAGCCCACAGCCCCAGGGCACAGGGCGCCCGAGCCCCGCUCGCCUCUGCAGCUGCCACGAGGGGAUUGCCCGCGGAGAGCCCUGUGCCAGAGCCAGAGCCAGAGCUCCCCCAUGGGGAGCCCACAGCCGGCACCCCCGUCCAAUCGCAGCCCGAAGCCAGGACGCCGCCCUCGCCUGCAAGCCCACAGCGCCGGUCCCCGCUGGCCCCCCUCCCCAUCUGCUCCCAGCCUCAGCCGUCCGCCGAGGCCACCGUGCCAUCCCCCACCGUGUCCCCCAUCCGCUUCCAGCCUGUGCCGGCCAGAACCUCCACCCCCCUGGGCCCCCUCCCCGUGAAGAGCCAAGGGGUCACUAAGGACACACUGGGCAGCCCCCUCCCUGGGGACGAGGCCCUGAAACGCAGCGACCUGGUGGCAGAGUUCUGGAUGAAGAGCGCAGAAAUCCGCCGCAGCCUGGGGCUCACGCCUGUGCGACGAGGCCCUGGACCCGAGCCCGGGUUCCAGCCCACGCCCCUGCAGGCCUGUCGAGCUGAGAAGCUCUCCCAGGGCGAGGGACCCUGGCUUCUGAAACCCACACCUGUCCCCGGGAGGCUGGGGCCGCCUGCCGCCGGGGGGACCCAGCCCUCCCCGCCCACCCCGGGGUCCCCACCUGGCAGGGAGCCGAAGGGCACCCGGGCAGAGCACAGAGACCUGUCCAGCAGCUCAGGGCUGGGCCUGCAGGGCAGCUCCUCCCGCACCAGGACUCCCGGCAGCCAGAGCUUCAGCACCUCUGACUCCACCAUGCUCACGCCCCCCUCCAGCCCGCCGCCCCCGCCUCCCGACGAGGAGCCCGCCACCCUUCACGGGAAGCCGGCCCUGGCGGGGCAGCUCGCAGCCUUGGAGCCCCGGGCACUGGCCGCGUGCGUGCGGACCCCGCGGGAGCCCACCCGGCCGCCCCCAGAGGAGGCACUGAAGCCAUUUGUGGAGAGCGUGGACGAGAUCCCCUUCGCGGACGAUGUGGAGGACACGUAUGACGACCGCACGGAGGACUCGAGUCUGCAGGAGCCCUUCUUCACGCCCCCCUCCCGCUGGCCCUGCCCCGAGCUGCCCCUGGCCCAGGAGAGCGGCCGGGGGCCCGAGAGUGGGCUCCCGCCGCAGAAGCGGGGGCUGCCGCUGGUCUCCGCCGAGGCCAAGGAGCUGGCGGCCGAGCGCAUGCGCGCCCGGGAGAAGUCGGUGCGGAGCCCCGCGCUGAGGGACGCCAUGGCCCGGCAGCUGAGCAGGAUGAAGGAGAUGGACACCGUGGCCACCGCCCCCAGGGCCCCCAGGGCCCCGGCGCCCCGCAGGGGCCCCGAGGAGCCCACCCCAACGCACACGGCCACGAGUGAGGAGGUGCCGUCCCCUCCGUCGGACUCAGGGGGCCGGGACGGCUCGGCCACCUCGUCCGAGGGCUCCGGCGGGAAGAGCACGAAGAGGUCGUCCCUCUUCUCCCCCCGAAGAAGCACGAGAGAGAAGCAGCCCAAGGGCGACGGGCGGCCCGCGGACAGGCCCCGCCCCAGCGCCCUGGAGGAAGCAGCCGCAAAGCCCAGGUCCCUGUGGAAGUCGGUGUUCUCCGGGUACAGGAAGGACAAGAAGAAGGGCGAUGGCAGGCCCCGCCCCAGCACCCCUUCCAGUGGGACCACCGGGGGCGCCGGCAAGCCGGGGGCGCCUCCUGUCGCGAGAGCAGAGCUGUGGCCCCGGCGCCAGCUGAGCUGCUCGGAGGACUCGGACAUCUCCAGCGACGAUGUCCUGGAGCGGACCUCCCAGAAGUCCAGGAGAGAGCCGAGGACUUACACGGAGGAGGAGCUGAACACCAAGCUGACCCGGCGCGUGCAGAAAGCAGCCCGGAGGCAGGCCAAGCAGGAGGAGCUGAAGCGGCUGCACCGCGCCCAGAUCAUCCAGCGGCAGCUGGAGCAGGUGGAGGAGAGGCAGCGGCAGCUGGAGGAGCGGGGCGUCGCCGUGGAGAAGGCGCUGCGCGGGGAGGCAGGCAUGGGCAAGAAGGACGACCCCAGGCUGAUGCGGGAGUGGUUCCGGCUGGUGCAGGAGAAGAACGCCGUGGUGCGCUAUGAGUCGGAGCUGAUGAUCUUCGCCCGGGAGCUGGAGCUGGAGGACCGGCAGAGCCGCCUGCAGCAGGAGCUCCGUGAGCGGAUGGCCAUGGAAGAUCACCUGAAGACGGAGGAGGAGCUGUCGGAGGAGAAGAGGGUCCUGAACGAGAUGCUGGGGGUGGUGGAGCGGAGGGACGCCCUGGUGGCCCUGCUGGAGGAGCAGCGGCUGCGGGAGGAGCGGGAGGACAAGGACCUGCAGGCCGCCGUGCUGUCCAAGGGCUUCAGCCUGAACUGGUCCUGA